AGGGGAACUUUCGAAUAUUAUUUAAUUUUAAAGUCGACAUUUGCUGUUUAUAGGUAUGACGAAAAACCUACUUUUAAUUGACUGUUUCUUAUUAGAAAUAAUAUAUUAGUUACUUAAAAGUUUAAACAGAUCACAGCAUGAAUGAACGUACUACAAUAAGCCGAUUAAAUCGUCAUCCGUAGUGAGGUCAUACCCAAAUGUAUAGAUAGUUAAGUGGGUAACUGUUAUCUAAUCUAAAUAUACUCAUUACUAGCAGUUCGUCCAACUACACAUUCGCGAAACAUGUGCGGUCUAAAAUAACAUUGUAAAAAAUUAAUAUGUAUUUAUUAUACUACAUACUACUAUAAAUUAAUACUUAAUUUAAAAUUAUAAAACAUACAAUAUAUAAAUAAUGUAAUAUAUAUAAUAGCUAAGUACUUAUUUAUAUUAAAAAUGUUAGUGUUAUGUAUUAUAUUUGUAACAGCAAUUGUUAUUGUGACAUUGUUUUAUGUUUUCUGUGAUGUUAACUACUUUAUUCGCAUGGGUCUAACUGUUCUUAUUUCGAAAAUAUUUCAAAAGAAAAGUGGAAUUAAGGACCCCAUUACUAUUUACGGUUUCUGCACAACUCAAGAUGUAGACUUCUUGUUAAAUCAUAUGAACAACGCCCGGUACAUUCGUGAACUAGACUUUGCAAGGGUCAAUUUCUACAUCAGAACAGGAAUUUAUGCUCACAUUAAAGCUAUCGGUGGUGAUGUACUCCAGGGCGCAACGAACAUACGGUAUAGACGGACUAUAUCUAUAUUCAAAGCAUACAAAAUUGAAACAAAGUUGACUUAUUGGGAAGAUAAAUCACUUUUCUUUGAGCAUAAAUUCAUUACAUUCGAUGGAUUCGUUCGCACCGUAGUAUUGUCUCGGCAGAAUCUCAUCAACGUGGAUGCUGAGACGCUUAUGAAGAGUAUUCCUGGAGCUGAAUCGAAGCCAGAGUGCCCAGAGGAAAUCAAACAUUGGAUACAAGCUAUGGAAGUGUCCAGCGCUAAGCUUAGGCAUAAGAAUUAGAUUUAUUACAAAUUGUCAUCGAUAUAAAUCGUUAGAUGGGCGUUCUUUAAUAUGGAGGGCCAUAUUAAAGAACGCUCAAUUUUAUGUCAUUACCCAAAGACGUACACGCACAUCUUAUCUUAGUACGUAACAAGCGCAUGCUGUGGGUGGACGUGGACUUAAUAAAAUAUUUACUGUUUUUUUCUUAUUUUAAUCCCUUAAUUAUGCCUUCGUGUUAAUUUUGGAAGUAUAAAAAUAAAAGCCACAAUAUGAAUAACUAGCGGACGCCCGCGACUUCGUCCGCGUAAAAAUUGAUGUAAACUUCUCUCCCCCUACCCUAACCCUACCCGUACCCUAUCCUACCCUACCCCUACCUUACUCCUACCCUACCGCUAACGCUAACCCUACCCGUACCCUAUCCAUACCCUAUCCUACCCUACCCCUACCUUACUCCUACCCUACCGCUAACCCUAACCCUUCCCUACCCCUACCUUACCCCUACCCUAACCUUACCCUACCUUACCCUACCCUACCCCUUUCCUACUCCUCCCCUACCCUAUACCUUCCAUAUCCUUCCACUACCUCUACCUUGCCCCUACCCUAUCCUACACUUUCCCUAAAUUACCCCUACCCUACCUCUAUCCUACCCCUUCCCUACCCCUAUCCUAUCUCUACCCUCAGCAAAAUUGAUCCAGCCUUUUGAGCGUGGUGCAAUGACCAAAAGACUAUAAUUUCCCAAGCGACUUCUAUGCUAAUACUAUAAAGAGCUAAAGUUUGUGUGGUUGUCGGGGGUAAUCUCUGGAUCUACUGGACCGAUUUGGAAAAUUCUUUUACCAAUAGAAAGCUACAUUAUUUGCGAGUGUCAUAGGCUAUGUUUGGUCCUCAUAUUCACACGGGAACGGGAACCACGUAACUGAAACCGCGGGGCGUCAUAUAGCGGCAUUUCUACGACUUUCAGAAAUUUUGUAUUAUCUCCGAAACUAUAAAACUAAUUAACAUACUGUAAAGGGCAAAUCUUAUCUCUAUAAUAUCCUUGUGAUUAUUAAAUAAUUUAUUUUGAUAAGGAUUUAAGUUUAGUUGUGUAAAUAAUGACGUAAACCUUAGUUAAAAUUAUAAAUAAUUUAUUAAAGUACUAAAGGUACUAUAUCUGCUAAAAUAUAAAAGAUAGAUAUAUGGUGUCGCGGACUUUUUUGUAGAACUUUUAAAGGUUCAAAAAGCCUCCAUACAUCAAUUUCAGUUAUACGCAAUGGUUGAGGCAGCGCAUGCGAAUAAGUAAGUUUUUCGGUCCGACCUGUAAGAGAAAACCCGCGAUAACUCAGUAGUUAUAUAUGACAGAAAUAUAAAAUAUAGCCUAUAGCACUCCCCGAUAACGUAGCAUUCUACUGGUGAAAGAAUUUUUAAAAUCGGACCAGUAGUUCCGAAGAUUACCCCAUUUCAAAGAAUUGUUACAAACUUACAAACUUACAAACUUUACCUCUUUAUAAUAUUAUAUAGAUAUAGAUAUAGAUAUAGAUAUAGAUAUAGAUGAGAAAUGUGUUACGAGUGAUGACGUACACAAUUCCGCGACGCGUUGAGGCCCAUCUAACGAUCUACGAUCGAUGCCAAUUGUGAUAUGAAAGACCUGGAGAACUUGAAACUGUGACAUACUUUUCUGUUCCAAUAACGUAGUGAUUAAUACAAUAUUCUGUUUGAUGUUCACUUCAAAUUGAUCUACAGCAUUAUUUAUUUUAUUAGGAUAACUAACAGCUGAUACAGUGUCACGUGUAAUAAUUUACAUUAAAAUAGAUAUUGCACAGCUAAUUAUUAAAAGUUAUCACAGUUUAGACUAAUUAAUAUCAUGUUUUGUCAAUACUACAGUUGUCAGAAAUGAAAUGAAAUGAAUCAGAUAGAAAGGCGUUUUUUAUUAAGUAAAUAAUUAAAAUACCUUAAUAGUUCAUCAUUAUAAUUUAGGUAAUAAAUCAUAUUUAUUGAAUACAAUCUAUGUAAAAUAAUCUCUAACACUGUGUUUUUUUAAUUGUUCACUCGCAACGAAUUAAGACAAAAUAUUACUUUUGGCUCAGACUCA